GUUGUCCAAUCCCAUUCAGCAGCGUUGUGCUUUACGGCUGAGGGGAGGUAGGUGAUCAGCGAGGACACAGGCAGUUCCAAAAGGACCAAGAACAAGACCAAUUUCUUCCCCUCUCAUCUUGCAUUCGACUGUGUCACCAUGACGUCCGUAGUCGAGCCUUUCACCCCGACGCCCACUGCCUCCUCAUCAAAUCCCCGCCGAGUCGCCUACUUUUACGACCCGGAUGUCGGCAACUAUGUCUACUACCUCGGUCAUCCCAUGAAACCGCAUCGUAUCAGAAUGGCGCAUAAUCUCAUCGUGAACUAUGGUCUCUGCGACGAUAUAGACGAGACCGGAGAAUCUGAGGGAUCUCGGUCUGUAAAUGAUCCCAUCGUUCAAGAAUACGCGGAAGGCGAUGGCGAGCGAGCCAAGACGGAACGAUUGACGGGAAGUCGUGGGAAGAGCAUGCAGGUGUUUAGACCUCGACGUGCAGAUAGAGGAGAUAUGACAAAGUUCCAUUCGGACGAAUAUAUCGAGUUGUUGGAAAAGGUCACUCCGGAGACGGCUGAAUAUCUCACCGGAGGUGGUGUAAGAUGUCUGAUAGGAGAAGAUUGUCCCGCAUUUGAAGGACUUUUCGAAUUCUGCUCCAUUUCGGCGGGAGGCACCAUUGCGGCAGCAGAGACGCUCAAUUCUGGAGCCGCUGAUAUCACCAUCAAUUGGGCGGGAGGUCUUCAUCAUGCUAAAAAGACAGAGGCUAGUGGUUUCUGCUACGUCAACGAUAUUGUCCUGGGCAUCCUCGAGCUUUUGAGAAUCCAUCCUCGAGUCCUCUAUAUCGAUGUAGACGUCCAUCACGGAGACGGUGUGGAAGAGGCUUUCUAUACUACCGAUAGAGUCAUGACGGCGAGUUUCCACCGCUUCGGAGAGUUUUUCCCCGGCACCGGAGACGUCAGGGACAUCGGCAUGAAGCGGGGCAAAGGGUACUCCAUCAACGUACCGUUGCGCGAUGGAAUCCGAGACGACUCUUUCCACUCAAUCUUUAAACCCAUCAUCAACAGUAUCAUUGAGCAUUAUCAACCGGGUGCUAUCGUGCUUCAGAUGGGUGCAGACUCGUUAGCAGGCGACAAGCUUGGAGGCUUCAAUUUGACCCUGCAGGGUCACGCCGAAUGUGCGCGGUUUGUUAAGGCUUUCGGUCUUCCAGUGAUGAUGCUCGGUGGUGGAGGAUACACUACUAAAAACGUCGCUCGCGCGUGGACAUAUGAGACUGCAGUCAUGUGUGGCAAGGAACUGGACGAGAACCUUCCUUAUAAUCAAUACAUGGAAUAUUAUGGGCCUCGAUACAAACUCGAAGUUCUCAGCAAUAAUACGGACGACCAUAAUCAUCCUGAAUAUCUCGAUGCGAUCAAACGAUCAGUCUUGCACAAUCUAAAGAAUCUCCCACAUGCGCCCAGCGCGGGCAUGCAACGCGCACCUCAGCCUCUUGGCAAGGAGCUGGGACUGAAGAACGGAGAAGCUCUUGACCCAGAGGACGAGGUGGAGAUCAGGUUGAGGAGUGAGCGGUGAUGCGACAGGGUUUGAUGGGCUAAUUGGUUUCAGAAUUGGUUCAGAAACGCGCCAACGGGGCCUAUUCUCCGCCGACUUCAGAAGAUGAAGAUGAGGAUGAUGCCUAUGCUCGACGAGCUGCUCGUCAAGGUGGCACUCGUCGACUUCCCAUCCGGAUUCCUAAACGGUCUAUGCGUCAAGAUACUCCCUCGAGCAUCGACGACGACCCAUGUGGUGUCAGACGGAAACGAACCUUUUUCAGAUCAUACGAGGAUACUGUCGCCGCGAAGAAGAAGGCAAUGGGACUCAGCACGGGCAUUGUCAAUGGGAAUGGGGUCAAUGCCGUCGUCUCGGUGCCACCUGCGGCAGAACUUGAAGUCGUCGAUGUCAGGAUGGAUGAGACGAGUAGAGCAGGUAGUCCGGGUAGUGUGGUAUGAGGUUAUCUGUGAUGUAGUCUCUUCUUGGGCAUCUCUGGACAGUCGAAUGCAUGGCCAAAUCAGAC